ACAGUUGAUUGCUCUUCCUUCCUCUUCUUUUUUUCUUAUUGUCUAUUGUCAUUCAUCAUCUUUCACAUUUAACUUUCUUCAUUUUUUAUUUGCAUAGAUCUACUCUUUCUUGAAAUGGCAACCAAACCAUCUCUAUCUGGUAUCCUCGAGGACCAGCUCACCUGUCCUGUGUGCCUUGAGCGCUAUACCAACCCAAAGAUCCUACCCUGCCAUCACUCAUUUUGUGAGCACUGUCUGGAGGGAUUACCUCUGGAUAAGAAGAAUGAGACCUAUUACCUCUCUUGUCCCACUUGUCGUCAGCAAACAGAGUUACCAGAAGAAGGAGUAGGAGCCUUUCCUGCAGCAUUCACUCUCAACAACUUUAAAGAUAUGCACAGUUUAAUAAAAAAGGUCCCCAAGUGUCAUCAUAAAAAGCCUCUCGAGCUCUUCUGUGCAACAUGUGAUGCAGUAAUCUGUUCCAUCUGCUUAGUUCAUGAUCACAAUCAUCAUAAUAUUGAGUUGAUUAAUGACAGUUAUGCUAAACACUGUCAAGAGUUAGAAGAAUGUCUGUCACCACUUGAGGAAAGGAAGGAAGCACUCAAGAAAGUUAUAUCUUCUCUAACAGAGAGAGAGGGUGACAUCAGACAGAGAGGACAAGGAGUCUUAGAAGAAAUACAUAAAAUGGUAGAGGAAAUGAUGAAUGCUCUUCAUCAGUCAGAGAGAAAACUGACUGAGCAGGUAAAGAGGGUCACUGAUGCUAAAGUAAAGGUGCUGUCAGAGCAGAUCAAAGCAGCAGAAAAGUGUUUGAGUCUUCUGGAGGAAGUUGAGGAUGAUGUACAACAAAGGCUAAAGACAGGGAGUCCUCAACAAGUACUGGGCUCUAAGAAACAGAUGAAGGAGCGUAUGAGUGAAGUUACUGCAGGGAUCAAUGUGGAGGAGUUAAAGCCAAAAGAAAAACCUGAUUUUGCAUUGAGCAAAGACAUCAAAUCGUUACAUCACAUAGGAGAUAUUGUGACCUACUCAUCUACUGCACUACAGCAGUGCAGAGUGAAGAAAGUUGGCUCCUUUCAACGCUUUCCGAAACUGGAAACAUUUUCAUUUUCACUAUCAAUAGAGGCAUCAGAUUCAUCUCUUUUGUCUGUUCCCCUCUCUUCUCUCAAGUGUAGUCUAGUACUAGUUGGUAAAGGUGAUCAACCCAUUCACACUACAGUUACUACCAGCACUGAUCCUGGAGUGUAUAGGAUACAGUGUAGCCCUUCAACCAGUGGUACUCAUAUACUGAAAGUACAAGUAUAUGAUGUACAACUUAAGGAUACCUCACUAGUCAUCCCUUUCAAUCCUUACCUUGAUAACAUUACUCCAGUACACACUAUACCAGAAAUUAAUCAUCCUUGGGGAGUUGUUGCAAGUGAUAGUCAUGUCAUAGUAACUGAGUUUGAUGGUAAAUGUGUAACAAUGCUGGAUAGAGAAGGAAAGAAAGUGAAAUCAUUGGAAGGAAGCGGCAAUGCUAAGCCUCGUGGUUUAGCCAUCACUGCAGAUAAAUUCAUUCUUUUGUCCGAUAAAGACGAAAUUCAAAAGAUAGACAUGGGUGGAUGCCAUAUAGCAUCAGUUGGUGGCAGGGGCGCUGAACCACUACAGUUUCAUUUUCCAGCUG